AACCUACGCAUGCCUUGGAGGUAGUCAUAUGACUUUAAUUUUCUCCUGAUCUCCGGUUGCUCGGUUCUGUUAUUUAGGCACAGUUAUAUACACUGUUUAAUUUAGCGAAACACCAUGUCUCACUAUGCCUUUCUGGUUUUGCUCCUGAUUUUAGGAAGCGACACUUUGUACGCCGUAGACAUAAGUGGCACCCCGGAUCCAGCGUCUGUGACUGACCCAGCUCCGGUACCAACAGGCCCCACCACAGUGCCAGCAGUUGAGCUGACCACCGCAGCGUCAAACAGCACCACAGCGCCACCACCUGAGCCGACCACCGCGGCAUCAAACAGCACCACGGCACCAGCACCUGUGCCGACCACCGCAGCGUCAAACAGCACCACGGCACCAGCACCUGUGCCGACCACCGCAGCGUCAAACAGCACCACGGCACCAGCACCUGUGCCAACCACCGCAGCGUCAAACCGCACCACAGAGCCACCACUUGUGCCGACCACUGCAGCGUCAAACAGCACCACGGCACCAGCACCUGUGCCGACCACCGCAGCGUCAAACAGCACCACAGAGCCACCACUUGCUCCGACCACCGCGCCAACAAACGCCACCACUGCGCCACCACCUGUGCCGACCACUGCAGGGAAUGGCACAACCGCACCGCCACCACAGACGACCACAGCUGCACCAUCUCCCAUGCCUCCGCCUUCCGUCGGGAACUACAGCGUUCGGAAUGAUGUGAACAGCACCGCCUGCCUGAUGGCCACCAUGGGACUGCAGAUCAGCUACAAGGAUGGCGAGGUUUUUAAGACCAUAAACCUGGAUCCCAACGUCACCACAGCCACAGGAAAGUGCGGAAUUAACGGAAGCGACGCCUCUCUGCUGCUGACGUUUGACAAAUCAGCUGUUGCAUUCACAUUCAGCGAGGAAGGGGGAAAAUUCCGCUUGCACGGCGUGAGCGUCACCCUCAACCUGGAUGCUACUGGCACCUUCUACUCAGGCAACGCUAACCUGUCCCUGUGGGAGGGGUCCUUGGGCAGCUCCUACAUGUGCAGAAGAGAUCAGACCUACAACAUCACAGAUGUCCUCAUCCUCCGCACCAGGGACCUGCAGGUGCAGCCCUAUAUGGUGGAGAAUAACAGCUACUCCACAGCUCAUGAUUGUGCAAUGGAUGACACCAGCAUCUUAAUCCCAAUAGUUGUGGGUGCGGCUUUGGCUGGCUUGAUUCUCAUUGUAUUGGUUGCUUAUGUGAUUGGUAGAAGAAAGACCUACGUUGGCUAUCAAACCCUUUAAAGCCAUCCUGGAUCAUUAAGGCAAUGAAUUCACCCUGUUAUUUUUUCAUGUUUUGUUGUUUUUUAGUUUUGUUUUUGUUUUAAGGAGCAAGUGCAGGUUCUUUUUGCCUCCUUUUAGUAGAUGUGCGCUAAUGCAUGUGUGCGUUUUACUGGACUUGCCGUUCAGUGUUAUGUAAAGAUAGCGAUUGCAUCGGAUGAUGCGCUCCACUCGGGCACUAGUCUCUCACAGUGAAAAUCUGUGCCGUUAUACUUAUUGGGAAAGGCCUAACAAUUGGAGAUGGGGGGGGCUUGACCUAAAGAUUAAUUCUUUGGGGGUUCUGGGAGCAAGAGCUAAACCAAAACGUACAGCUCAUAGGGAAGCCAGAAGCUCUGGUAGCUCUUGUUUUUUGGGUCUAAAUGUUUAUUGAAGCCCUUUCCUUUUGCCUGGAUUAGCAGGCAUUGUUGUUCCUACACCCCGUCUCUGUGCAGGUGGGCAGGAUAUUGUCCCAUAUCAGAGUAGUGUAGAUGUGUGAGGAGCCUUGACUGCAGUGCAUGACCCCGCCCCCGCCCCCCCGCCAAACCUUGCUCCAAUCACCAGUCACUUUAGAUCUGACUGAGUCUAGCAUCACGAGUGACCAGUAGUGGAGUCGUCCCUGAGCCUGCACUUGUAUCCUCCAGUAUGCAAUUAUUUUCUUUUCACAUUGGUGUGAUUCUUCUAUCCAUGUAUAUAUGUUGGUAAACCCUUGUCUGCUCGUUUGACUCAUGCCCCCCCAAACGCAAUCCGACUGUCGGUGGCCGUCGCCCGUGCAAUGCCAGUGCACAGGUUGUCACGCGCGCUCCACAGGAAGAGGACGUGGGUCGCAAAGGUUAAUUUUAUUCACAUGUCUAAAACGCAAUGCUCAAGCUGGGAAGUUGCAGUGUGUAUGGAAUUCUGUUGGACAUUGCCUUUGCAGAGAAUCUUCCCUUUUCACCAGCCUAUGGUCAUAGGCAAGGUUUUUGAUUUCGACUGAGAGACAUUCCCACGUUAUAGCGGAGCCUGCUUGCGUUUGGGGUGGUAUUAGACAAGCCUGAAAACAAAAGUUGAUUUUUUUUUUUUUCUUUUCCUCCUUGACAUGCUGUUCAUUUAUUGGCAUUACGUUUAUAAAAAGGGAUAGCUCCACAGCGUGCAGCAAGCUUCCAUCAAUUCCGUAAAAUGGCUCCUAUACUCUGGUGGAAGCCAUUCCCUCCCUCUCCCCUCCCCCUCUCCCCAAAGUGUACUCCUGACUAAGCUGUGUUCCACUUUCUCAUUAACUGAAACCAUUUCUGCUUGGUUCAGUUUCCCAUUGUUCGCACUGCAGUACUGGAGCUGAAAUCUGCAAUAAAAGCAGCACUUUGGAUCUGCGCUAUUAUGAACGUCUGCAGCAUGAGGGCAGACGGGGGUUAUAAUCUUUAUGAUCUACAGGGAAACGGUGCACAUGCAUGUUCUAAAGGUGGAGGGACAACAUUUAAUCACAAAUUUUCUUGAAGUUGAUCUUGUGAAUUUCUGCCCAUUGGCCUAAUUUUUGAUUGGCACCUCUAAAAAGUGCUUGAGCGCGUGGCGACCAUGGACAGUGAUCAAGCAGUUCUGCCCAUUCGUGUUGCAUGAAUCGUUCGGAUGCAGUUGUGUGGUGGUUGGAAUGGGAUUAUGGUUUAGCCUUCACAGAACACAGGGGCUGGUUGUGGCGGUUUGUUUCACAUUUGGAGAGUGGUCAGUCAACCCCAGUGCACACUAUGUAAUUUGCACAAGGCUGUAAAUGCCUUGUGCAGUUGUGGCGCAAUCAGACCCUGUACCCCUCUGUGUUAUGGGCAUUGAUUGAAGUAAUUGCUUAAAUAUUUCCCUUCUUCCUCUUGGUGUUCUGAUGUAAACUGACAAAAGGUAUUGAACAGUUUCACUCCACCUGCAAUUGACAUGCAUUUAGGUUUUUCACUCAAUACAGUACUGAACACAUCGGCAAAAGCAGCGGGUUUGUAGUUUUCGGUGUUUCUCACAAAUCCGCUGUGUCAGAGUUUGCUUUUGAACUGGAAGUGUCUGAUUAUCAUGAGAGGCGUGUACCUUGCCUUGCAGAAUUAAAUUGUCAACUUCUCUGCAGCAUGACUGCAGCUAGGAGAGUAAGAUGGUUCUUUCGUAUUUGCUGACACCUGAAAGGUUUUGCAGGAUUUAUUCUCGUUUGGAAUAAAAUUUCAAGGAAUGUAUUUUUCUGAAAAGGGAGGCCGCACAGUAGCAUGUAAUUCAAAUGAAAACGGCUUGCUUUUUGUGUACGUGUUUCUGUCGGAACAAAUUUCUCUACCCGUAUCUUAAGGCACAUGGCACUAUGUUGUGGGUUUCUGUUUUAAUAGAUUCUCUGAUCUUUUAAAAUUGAUGACCGAGACAAAAAAAAAAAAAAAAAAACUGCAAAACCUUGGUGAUUUUCCUAAGGGUUUGUGUUUAAAAUUGUAAGGACCAUUUUAUAUUUUUUAAAAAGAGAUGGAAAUAAAAAAUGUGCUUCUUGGUUCCUCUGAAA